UCCCACCCCAUCGCACCUCGUCCCUUUUACUUGCCAGUUGUGACUGUUUAACCCACUUUACCUCCUUUUUCUGCGGCGCGCAACGCAUCCUCCUCUUCUUCUUCUCCUUCCUCCUCGUCAGCUGCAGCUCCCGGACUCUUCUCUCCUCCGCUCACUCUCUCUCUCUCUCUAUCUAUCUAUCUGCAUCCUGGUUUGUUUCUUCCUUUAAAGGUUUCUUCUUCUGGUUGUUCUUUAAAGAACGUGAACAGUUUUCCAGUGAGGACACAUCACGACGAGCCUCCUCCGCAGCCUCCUGUACCUGUCCAUGGUGCUGAGCGCGCAUCGGCUGCUCCAACCUCCCCAGAAAAACGCUCCUUCCUCCUGCGUCUGUUUCUCCUGCUCUGCGCGGAGACGUGGGUUUUCGGCUGCAGCCGUCUGAGGUUCGUGAAUUCAAAUCAGACGGAGUUGAUCCUGAAGGAGGCAAAGAAUCGAUUGUGACUCCAGCAUCGAUUUCAGGAGGACUCGUCUUUAUUUUUUGAAGACUUCACAAAAAAGCAGAAAAUCGGACGCAUGGUCGAUUUCGGUAACGCAACUUAGACUGGAGAUAUUUUCUCUGUGAAGGAACUGGACAUAGCGGAUGAAUCCAUUUGAAUUGUAGUGUGUUGUAAGAUAUUUUCCUUGGUGCUGGGAGGGGGAGUGCUUCUCCUCUGCUGGAUCAACUGAGACUAAAACAACCACUACCCCUCCUCCUAAAAUAAAACUUGUCCUGAAUACCAAAUGGUAGUUUGAGGAGGCCGCGAUCGAGACAAUGGAGUCGUCCGCCAACGGGUCCAGUUUUGGGAUCGACUCGCUGCUGUCCCACAGGCCGGGAAGCCCGGUGUCCAAAGGGGACAGCCUGGUCGGGGAGUGCCGAUCGCCCCUGGAGUUCAGCCCGAGGUCGGACGUGGAGAGCGGCUGCUCGUCGCCUCCGUCGCCGAGGAGGGAGUGCGUGGACGAGGUGGCCCAGAGGCAAGGUCACGGAGUGGGCCUGCCGCCGCACCUGCAGCACGCACAGAUCUCUGCGGGGUCGCAGCAGAGGACCGUGACCUCGUCGUUCCUCAUCAGAGACAUUCUCGCGGACUGUAAGCCUCUGGCCGCCUGCGCGCCCUACUCCAGCAAUGGGCAGCCGACCCAGGAGACGGGGAGGCUGGCCUCGAAGAUAGCGGACGACUUUAUGGAGAAAAUCCACAGCAACUCGUCGUCAGACAGCGAAUAUAAAGUGAAAGAGGAGGGGGACAGGGAGAUCUCCAGCAGCAGAGACAGCCCUCAGGUGCGGCUGAAGAAGCCCAGGAAGGCCCGCACGGCCUUCACCGACCACCAGCUGGCGCAGCUGGAGCGCAGCUUCGAGCGGCAGAAGUACCUGAGCGUCCAGGACCGCAUGGAGCUGGCGGCCUCCCUCAACCUCACCGACACACAGGUCAAGACCUGGUACCAGAACCGGAGGACAAAGUGGAAGAGGCAGACAGCGGUGGGACUCGAGCUGUUGGCGGAGGCUGGAAACUACUCCGCCCUGCAGAGGAUGUUCCCGUCCCCGUACUUCUACCCGCAGAGCCUGGUGUCCAACCUGGACCCCGGGGCGGCCCUCUACCUGUACAGGGGCCCCACGGCGCCGCCGCCGGCCCUGCAGAGACCCCUGGUGCCACGGAUCCUGCUGCACGGCCUGCAGGGAGGCAGCGAGCCGCCGCCUCCGCCUCCUCUGCCCCCCAUGUCCGGCGUGCUUUCCCGGCCAACUCAGCAGCGGUGAGCCGGCCCCUGAGCACGAGCUCUGCCUUGGUUCUCGGCAGCUUGGGACUCACGAGAAGAAAUAAAAACAAAGACACGAAAAGAUUUACACAAGACGAGAAAAAGAAAAACUGAUCAACCUUUAUAAAGGGACAGAAAAGGCUGAACCCUGUGGACGGAGCAUCGGGACUGAAACUCAAACCGGCCACGAGGGAGGACUCUUUUCUCUCGGUUCUCUGUUUUGCAUUUUAUUUAUAACUUAUUUAUUUUUCAUGAUGAAUCAAAGUAUCUAAGUUAUGUAUUUAU